ACUUCCGCAUUCUAGAUUGCCUGAUCAUCACAAAUUCCCUGUGUCUCCUCCAGAAUCAAGAAAGGAAUAUUAAGAUAUUUUCACAAUGGAAAGUUUCCAUGCCAAGGAAUUUCUCCUUCCUCCCUGAACUAAGAUUUCCUGAUGUCCUUCAAGGAUCAAGAAUGGGGCUAGACACACAGUGUGUGCUAAGGAGAGAAUGUUUGGACUGAAGUGAAUCCCUGCAGAACGUGGACUAUUUAGAGGCACCGAGUUUGGCCUCUGGGUGAAUACUUGCCUCGGGUUGGCCCACUUAGCAGUGAUCAGCAAUGGGCCAAAGGAGACAUGCCAAGUUGCAAUGUGCUAAAUCAAAGACUCCAAGAGUUAACAUAGUUAAACUUGAGAAAGGAAUCGUUGUCGAUAAUGAUGAGAUUUAUGAUGCAGUCGGGCAAUCAAAAUUUGUUCUGCGGAACCUUCGGCAUUACACAGUCCAUCCAAAUUUGGCCCAGUACUAUGAGCCUUUGAAGCCCACUGCACUGCAGAAAUUCCUAGCUCGAAACAGGAAAAUCCAAAGCUUCACGUUAAAAGUAACACAGUACGAUCAGGAUAAGACCUUAUUGAUUAUGACCAACAACCCUCUUCCCUGCCCCAUCAACCAACAAGGAAAGGACAUCACGCCAAAGUACUUUUCCAAGGAAUUACUGCUCAAGGAAAGUUACCAUCAUCACAGACCCACUGAAAACUUGUGCCUACCCCUGAUGUCUCAGAAAAAAAAGUUAAGACUUGGGCUAAAACCAGUCUUUCCCGUGACACUGUUGGAGGAUCCUACAUCCAAGCGAGAACAAUGGUUUAGGUUUUCCACCAACAAUGAUUUCAAGAGUGAAGGGAAAUAUUCGAAGGUCUAUGCUUUGAGGAAGCAGAAAAAAAUGUACCCUCAGCUCAACUUCACUUCAGUCAGUAAAAGGGAUCUGAAGAAAGAUGUCUCCAAGACGUCAGGGAGUGACAUGCGGACUUCCAAGAUGAUGUGGGAACCACUAACCCUUUCAUCGCUCCUGGAAGAGAAGCCCACCAGAACGGCGCCAGGAGAGAACGCCUUCCGCAAUGGAAGGGCCCAGCAGUGGAUUAUAAAAAAUACCAUUGUCGUUGAGUGACAACAAACCCUUCAGGCCUCUCGCCUCGGUCUCCAGAGACUGAGGGGCCUGCAGAAGUCGCCAUCCAAGGCGUGCCGACCAAAUAAAGUUGCAUUCUGCCCGCUUAGGACGUGAGCUGCCCGGUC